AUGGUGGACACGACGCCUUCCGUUAUGUCUGCUCUCGUCAUCGACUGUCGAUCAGACACGGUCACGAAACCUAAUAAAGAAAUGCGACAAGCCAUGUACGACUCCGUGGACGAAGGCGUCGGCGACGACGUUUUCGGGGACGACGAAUUGGUUUUGGAUUUAGAGGCGCGCUUGGCGAUGAUGUUUGGAAAAGAAAAAGCGGUGUUUGUGCCGAGUGGAACGAUGGCAAAUUUGAUAGCAGUCUCCGUGCACUGCGAAAGAAGAGGGUCAGAAUACAUAUGCGGAUCUGCGUCGCACAUCACGCUCUACGAGCAAGGCUCCGGGGCAACCAUAGGAGGAGCACACCCGAGACAAAUACCGAACGAGCAAGAUGGCACCAUGAACAUCGAGCAUAUUUUAGACUCUAUUCGGGUUGAGGACGAUCAUUUCCCGACGACUCGAGUCGUGUGCUUGGAACAAACGCACAACAAGUGCGGCGGGAGAGUACUAAAGCAAUCGUACGUGGACGAAGUUUGCGACAAAGUGAAAGCGGCGACAAAAAAGGGAGAGGGCGACGCCGACGGCGGCGACGAAGACAAGCGCGUGAAAAUACACAUGGACGGCGCAAGAAUAUGGAACGCUUGCAUAAAGAACAAAGUUAGCUUAAAAGACGCCGUUGCGAAAUGCGAUUCAGUUUCUGUGUGCUUGUCGAAAGCAGUCGGCGCACCAAUAGGUUCCGUCAUAUUAGGUACGGAAGCUUUCAUACGAAAGUGCAAAAGGUUGCGCAAAGCGUUGGGAGGCGGCAUGCGACAAGUAGGGGUUCUCGCCGCCGCCGCGGAUGUUGGCGUAGACGCGUGGGAACAAAACGUAACGAAAUCCAAUCGAUUAGCGCUUCUGUUUGCAAAAGGUGUGGAGAAAAUCGAAAAUAUUAAAGUGUGUGGACCUGUUGAGAGUAAUUUGGUCAUCCUCUCGUUCCAACGUUUGAAGAAGGACGUCACGAUCCACGAUAUAGUCGCCUGGUUGAAAAAGAAGUACGGGGUUUUGGUGACUGCGUUUGGCGCACCGUAUCCUUUCAACGACCCAAAUUCAGUUCGUGUUGCGUUCCACUACCAAAUCACCGAGGACGAGAUUGACUUUGCCGUGAGUUCCUUCAAAGUUGCGGCGUGGGAGCAGACAGAGUCCAAAAAAAGUGAAGGCAACUAA